CGCCGCCGCCGCUUUCGAUUCCGGCGCGGCGCUGUCCGGGCUGUGCGCGGGCACCGAGCGGGGCCAGGGCACAAGGCUCAGUUCUGCAUUUUCAUGAGACCCAGGUGUGAAUCCUCAAAGGUCGAAACUUUGUGGUCACUGCUGAUUUGAGUGAGAAGAGACGAAAAGCAUCAGAGCUCAUCAGAGCUUGGGUCACAGGCAGAGCUGCUGGAUUUGUAACUGCCCAUGUAACAUGGCCUGACACAUCUGCAUCAAGCUCUGCUGUUAUCCCCAGGCAUCUGCACCAAGUGCAGAGGCAUGUCCCGUGUGUUGGGGUAUGUCUGUCUGUCUGCCAUCUGUCUGCCUCCAGCAGAUCGAUUCUCUGUCAGAAUAUGGAGCAGAAGCCACCUUUGCACUUGGCAGCUGGAAGGAGACUGAUCACACAACAAUGCAGCCCCUGUGUCAGAGUGAGGACCCAGACCUGCAGGCAGCUGUAGCCAGAGCCCGCCCGCAGCUCGUGGAGUUCCUCAGCCGCUGUCCCGACUGGCUGCUCUGCAAUUCCCAGAGCUUCAUCCCCGAGGCCACCCUGAGCAGCCUGGGCAGCAUCACCGACCCCAGAGAAAAAAUCUCAGUGCUCCUUGACCUGCUGGAGGAGGCUGGUCCUGCUGCCUGGAAACACUUUGCACAGUCCGUGUGCAUGGAGUAUGACCUGCCCCUGGAUCUGGAGGUCCUGCUCAUGAGCUCUGCUGGAGAAGAUAACUUCAGCCAGGCAGAAGAAGCAGGCAGAGAUACCAGAGUCCAGUCAUCUGUGCCAAAAGGGUCUGCUCGCCGUCGCCGUCACAGCAGCUCUGGGAGUGACAAGGAUGCCAAACAGCGACGACUGGAUUCAACAGUGAAGUACCGGCACCUCCUCAUCAACUCCAUCCGCCAGAGGUACGGAAGCAGGAGAGAAGCAGGAGCACAGGAACAAACACAGCCACUGCCUUUCAACCAAACCUUUGUCAAUGUUGUCAUUCGUCAGAGCAAAGCCCCCCGCUUAAAAGAGAGAACAGAGAGAGCCCGAGAGGACACGGCAGGAGCUCCUGAGCCAGAGGAAUGUGCAGACACAGCUGUGAAGGUGUCAGACCUGCUGUGCAGUGAGGCCCCAACACACACCACGAAGGUGAUUUUUUUGUUUGGUAAACCAGGUACAGGCAAGACCAGGCUAAUGCACAGGAUUUGUCAGAAAUGGGCGGAAGGUGUCCUACCUCAGUUUCUCUUCACUUUCCUGUUUGAGUUUCGGCAGCUGAAUUUGUUAAAAAGAAAAUUGACCCUGAAGGAGCUUUUGUUUGACGUGUUCCUUCAGCCAGAGGACAGCCCUGAUGCAGUGUUCCAGGGCCUCCUGGAGAAUGCCCAGCAGACACUGAUCAUCUUUGAUGGGCUGGAUGAGUUUGCAGCUAACAUGGAUGUGUCACCCUCCUCUAAGAGAGGCCCAGAUCUCACCUCUCCUAUGUCCAUAUCCCAGCUCUUUGCAGACCUCUGUCAGGGGAAGCUCCUGCCUGGAUGCACAGUGUUGGUCACCAGCCGCCCUAAGAGGCUACCUGACUUCUUGUUAUAUACAGUAGGUGUGUUGGCAGAAAUUUGGGGAUUUGACCAAGAGAAGGUUGAGGAAUAUGUUAGCCACUAUUUUCGUCAACAUUCAUUCAGAGAACGAGCUAUUGCUCAUGUGAAGAACAACACCAAACUCCUCAGCAUGUGCCUCAUCCCUGCUCUGUGCAACAUCGUGUGCAUCUGCUUGGAGUAUUUGCUCCUCAAACACCAGAUGAGUGUGGAGCUUCCUCAGACUAUGACACAGUUUUAUAUCAAAAUGUUUCUCAUCUUCCUAAACAAGCAGCGAGGAGACUGUGCAGGUGAUGAGGAGGCUCAGCUGAACUGUAACAAAAAGGCCAUUUUGGGUCUGUCUGAUCUCGCACUGAGAGGCCUGGAAGAGAAGAAACUUGUCUUUUAUGAUGGUGAUAUUCCCGAGGACGUGAAGGAAUUUGCCUCCUUGCAUGGAUUGCUGACUGUCUUUGAGGUGAAGACGAGUAGCACUUGCCCAGAGGUUGGCUAUGCCUUUGUGCACCUGAGCUUGCAGGAGUUUUUUGCAGCGCUGUGUCUCAUGGUGAGCAGGAGGGUGGACAAGAACUACUUGAAGAAAAAGUUCUUCUUGAAGUCAAAGUGGACUUUGAAGAAUGAGACAAAGACUGAGUUUAUGGAGAGUUUUCACAUAUUUCUCUCGGGCUUGUCGUCAAGAGAGUGUAGGACAUUUCUCAUGCUGCUGGCAGAGCAAGAUGAAGCCUGGGUGCAGGAAAAGCAGGAUGUGAUCCUGCAGUCUCUCAAGAAACUGGCAGCCACUCAUCUGUCAGGGCCUAAGGUCCUCGAGCUCUGCCACUGCACCUUUGAAACACAAAACCUCGAAGUAGCCCAGCACAUUGGGAGCCUGUUGAAUUUCAAGUAUGAGUUUAAAAACUUCAGGCUGACAACACUGGACAUGUCGACUUUGGUUUUUGUCAUAAAUUCGGGCCAGGAUUUGAUUCGUUUGGAUUUUGCAGGAUGUCUUGUGGACACUGACUGCUUGGAGAUCCUGGCUGGCUGUAAAAAUGUGGAACACUUGAGCUUUCGUAGCAGGAGGUGUGGUGAUGACUUUGCUGCUGCUCUUUCAAAGGGCUUACAAGGAAUGGAGAGCCUGAAGAAACUCGAGUUGACAGGUGGGAGCAUCACAGCUGAGGGGAUGACAAACUUGGUGCAGGCUGCAUCACAGUGCCUCCAGCUUGAGGAAAUAAACUUGCAGGGCAAUCGAAUACGGGAUCCAGACGUGAAGAGGGUGAUGGACCUGUUCUCCAAAAUGGAAAAGCUGAAGAAAGUAGACCUGAGCAACAACCAUCUUUCCUUGGGUGCUGUUCUCAGUUUGGCAAAGGAAGGCAUCGUGUGUCAAAAUGUUACUGAACUGUGUGCCAGGGUGGACACCAUGAUCAUUUAUUUUUCUGGCCCCUCUGGGAAAGUUCAAAGAUCUUCAGAUUUGAUUUUGGAAGAGAAUAAAGAACAUGUAAUUCCAACUAGACACGUGAAUUUAAGCUUGCAGGAUCACAGGCUGUCUUCCCAACACGCCAAGAUGAUUGUGGCCAUUCUCCAGAGCUGUCCCUGUCUCUCUGAAGUGGAUUUAUCAGGCAACAAGCUUGGAGAUGAAGGCUGCAGUUGUCUGCUGGAAAGCCUCCCCUGUAUAUCAAUUUCAAAGCAGCUGAACCUCAGUCAAAACCGCCUCUCUGUCGCUGGCAUGUGCAGCCUGUUGCACUCAGUAAACUCCUGCCAGAAGGUGAUGGAGGUGCACGUCAGCCUUUGCCAUGAUACUGCAGUCCUGAGGUUUAGAGAAGACAGAGAGUUUGCUUCUCCUCCUCCUAGGGAAGAGCCUGUGUUCUCUGCUGAUCACCAACAACACGAGGAGGAAAUCCAGACACCUACCACCUCCCAAAAAAUAAGGCUGACAGGCUGUAACCUUCAAGCCAGUGACCUGAAGAAUCUGUGUGUAGUGCUGAGGGAAUGUGGCCACAUCUCUGAGCUGGACCUAUCAAGUAACUAUCUGGGAGAUGAGGGACUUUUGCAGCUGUUUCAGUGCCUCCCCAAACUGAAAAUGUUACGUUCUCUCACGUUUAACGACAACCAGAUCUCCCUGAACUCUGUGUUUUUCUUAGCUCAGUCUUUAACUACACUGGAACACAUUAAAACAGUGAGCCUCAGCUUGGGACACACACAGGUGGUUCAUCUGACCUUUUGGGAAAGAGUCAGGAGGAGCAGCAGAUGGAGGAGUGGCUCCCUGGCACAGCCCAGGCAGGAAGCAGGACGGUGCUUUAGUCUCAGGGACUGCAGAGUGGGGCUGGAGGAUGUGACCAGGCUGUGCCAGACACUGGCUCCAUGUCCCCAGCUGACAGAAAUUGAUCUGUCUGGAAAUUCAUUGAGUGACCAGAGCAUUGAGAGAUUACUGAGCUUUCUGCCAUCCCUCUGCCACCUGACACUACUGAGUAUCAGGAAAAACUCCUUGUCCCCACGUUGUGCUGUUCUAUUUCUCAGCUCCAUCAGCCUCUGUGAGCGGAUCAGAGUGGUGGAAGUCUGGUCAAGUGAAAAUGCUGUCUUGCAUUUAGGAGCAAGCACGCAAAGCCAAAGGACGUCCUGCAGGCUUACAGGCUGUGCCAUCGGGGCAAGGCAGGUGCAGCAGCUCUGCAGCAUCCUGGAGCAGCACAGCCUGGCAGAAGUAGACCUCUCCAAGAAUCAGCUGGGAGAUGAAGGCCUGAGGUGUCUCUUGGACCACUUGCCUCGAGUGCCUGGUCCCUGCUCCCUCAAUCUCAGCCAUAAUGGGAUUUCUCAGGAUGGAGUCCUACAUCUCAUAAAUGCCUUUGUCACAUCUGGAAACACCACUGAAGUUCAAGUCAGUUUGUGCUCCAAAGCCACUUUAAUCAUCAAGCUGACAAGAGAAGAUGAUCCAAGAAAGAUUUUGAGACUGGCAGAGUGCAACUUUCAGCCAGAGCACUUGGAAAAGUUGUUCUUGCUCCUGGAAAAGUGCCCUGCUCUGACGGAGUACACGUCCUCAAAUAACAACAUGACAGUCCAAGCUGCAGGAAGACUUCUGCAUUCCCUGAGGAAAGGUCUGGGGCUGCUGAAAAUCAGCAUAGAAGAGCCAUGGGUGUGCAGAGAGAGAGUCAGGAGCCUUCUAGAGCUGGCUGUGCAGACCCCUGGAAACAUCACUGAGAUCACGAUAUGUAAAGAUAAAACCCUCUUCCAGCUAGUCACAAGAUUCCCACAUUGCCUGGAAAAGACAGAAUCAGUCAUUAGCAGACUGAGGCUGUACCAGCCAGAAAUCAAGCACUCCUUCUGCCAAAGGCUUUGUGAAAAAUGUGCUCAGCUUCAGGAGCUGAGAUGGUCUCACGUGGAACUCCACGAGGAUGAAGCAGAAAUGCUGGUCAGGAUUUUGCUUCCCCUUCCAGAGCUGAAGGUGUUUGGGCUGACCUCCAGCAGUGUUGCACCAACUGGAAUCGAUUAUUUGAUCUCAGGCUUGCAGAAUUGCCAGGCCAUUGAAGAGCUCAACCUGGGCUGCAUGGAUCUCAGCAGUGCUGCCAUCCCUGAGCUGGUGCUGGGGCUCUGGGAGAUGCCAGCCCUGAAAAGGCUGAUCUUGAACCACAACAGCCUUGGGGAUGAUGGCUGCUCCAGACUCGCAGAAGCCUUGAGGAAAAUGCACGACCUGGAGGAAAUCAAUUUAAGCCACAACAAGAUUGGAGAUCCAGGCCUGAUAAGUCUUGCUGCUGUCCUGCUGGAAAUGCAAAAGCUGAAGAAAAUCGACCUUUCAGGGAACUGUCCUAGUCCUGCUGGAGGGGAGAAGCUGGUGGAAGCUCUUGCCCAUUGCAAGCACAUCAAGGAGUUACUACUAUCAAGGAAUGGUUUUGGAGACAGGACAGCAGUGACACUUGCCCUCUGUCUGCCUCACAUGACCAACCUGAAGAUCCUGCACUUCCAGAACAAUGACAUUGGGCAGGCAGGAGGGCUGGAGCUGGCCAGAGCCCUGGUGGUGUGUGAGCUGCUGGAAGAGAUAAGUCUAUCAGAAAAUGGCCUUGGGGAACAGAGCAUCCAAGCCCUGUCCAAGGGGCUGCCCUGCUUCAGACAGCUGCGGAGGAUCGACCUGAAAUGCUGUGGAAUCACUGAUGGUGCUGCAAAAUCGCUCUCCCUCGGCUUCCGACAGUGCCCCUCCCUGGAGGAGAUAACACUGUCGUGGAAUGCCCUUGGAGAUGGAGGAGCCCAAGAGCUGGCCAUUGCUCUCCCAAAGAUGGAAAAGCUGAAGGUGUUAGACCUGGAGAAAAACCGCAUUGGAGCCUGUGGGGCCACAAAGCUCCUGGAGGAACUUGCCAAGUGCCCAGAAAUUCAGUUCAUAAGGCUGUGGGACAACCCAGUGCCCAAGAGCCUCGCUGAGAGUUUGACCAGCCAAGACCCAAGACUCUGCUUCUCCUUCAGCUAGAAAAGAAGAUCUUUGCCUCUCUAGGAGUUGCUCUCCAUCCUCCACUGCCCUCAAAACUGCACUGAAGAACCCAGGAACUCAAAGUUCCUGCAACUGAGUACUGUAACUAUUGAGUUUUUCUUUCCUGCACUGAACCAAGCAUGGACACUGGGGUUUUUUUUUUUUUUUUUUGUUUGGGUUGUUUUAUUUGUUUUUGUUAGUUUUUUUUGUUUGUUUUGUUUCUUGUGACCUUUUAUUGUACAGAAGAGCAAAACACUGUAAAAAACUGCUGCUGAGUACACAGUAUGAUAUUCUUUGUGUAAAAACACUGAAACUCUCUUCAAGAGAAUAACUUCCCAGAAAGUUAUUAGGAAAUAGUGAUAAGAAUGCUUAUGUACUAGAUAUUAUUUAUUUAUGUACUGCCCUAGUGAAAAAGGUACACCAUCAUCUCCAUCUAAGCUUCAACUGUGUAAAAAUGUAAAUAUCUAGCCUUUAUUUUGAGGGAGGGCCAGUGGGUGACAGAAAGAAUAGAAACCAUAAUUAAGUUCUCACACACAAAAAAGCAGAUAUGAGGUUUUCUCAGAGCUGUGAGAUUUUUGAGUCACCAUCCCUGGAAGUGUUUGGAAAAUGUGUGGAUUUGGCCCUUGGAGACAUGGUUUAGAGAUGAACAUGUUGAUGCUGGGUUAAGAAUUUGGCUCAAUGAUCUUAAAGGUCUUUCCCAAUCUUAACCAUUCUAGGCUUGCAUUAUUCUAGGAUGAGAUUCAUCUUCUCAGGCACUCACAAAGCCAGCAGAGUACUUCAUUAUGCUUAAUUGAGAUAACCCCUACAGGGUGCUGCAGUAAAAGAAUACACAUCCUCCAGGAGAGAAUGUAAUUUUUUUUUUACAUUUACAUUUUACUCUUUUUUUUACAUUUUUAUAUUUUUUACAUUUUUUUUACAUUUAAAUUUUACAUUUACAUUACAUUUGCAAAAUUGUAAACUGUCAACAUUGUUACAGUUGAAUUGCAACUGGCUGCUUGAAAAUAAUCUGUAACUGUGUGAAAUUACUCUAUGAUCUUUAGGGAAAAAAACACAGAUUGAGUUGGAAGGGAUCUUAAAGAGCUGAGUCCAACACCCUUGCCAUGGGCAGGGACACCUUACACUAGAGCAGGUUUCUCAAAGCCAGGUGGCCUUGAGCACUUCCAGGGAUGGGCAGCCACAGAUUUUCUUGAGAGGAAAAAAAUAAAGAAGGGUAAGAGAAAAAGUAAUAUUUGGUUUUGUUUUCUUCAAACCAACCUCAUUUUCACACCUUUUGCCUCCUUUAUGUGGAAAAAAAAAACAACUCAGGACGUUUGAAAUUUCAAGUCAUUGCCCAAAAAUGAUCAAUGUUUAUACUGUGAUGGAAAGGAAACACUGCUGUUACCACAGAUUUCAAUGAGAAACAUUAAAGGACAGAGGUUAUAAAACAGCUUGUAAGAAAACUGCUCUGUGUGACACAAAUGUGCUGCUACUGACUAUUUUCAUCUGGGGUUUUGUAGAGCUUUUUGGGGUUUUGGACUGAUUGCACUAACCUCCUUCAGGAGAAGAGAGGGGUCAAAUAGCUUUAAAUGCUGUCCACAUGAAAGAUGCUUCAGGUCUCUAACCCCUGAACCCCAAAGCCCAUGUGGAUGUUGGAGCUGUGGGGACUGCAGGGAGAAGAUCCCAAACAACAAAUUUGCUGCUCCUUAGAGGAGACAGAGAACUGCCCUUGGACUUGUGGAAUUCUGGCUUGUGUCACAGGAGUGCAGCCACACUGUUCUCAUCCAUUACCCUAUGUUAUCAUGUUUUCCUUACAUGUUUGGGCUGUAAAUAUCUAAGUCUUGUGGUGGAUUUAUUUAUGGAAUUUUGUUUGCAGCAGUGUUUGCCUGGGGGAGAUGUAGCUGAUCUGAUUUGGGCGGGGCAGGCAUCUGGAAUGAGAUAGAAAUGCUGGUCCAGCAAAUCUUGGAGCAACUGGUUGUGAACAGGUGGUGCUGGUUAUUCCUGGGGGAGCCACUGUCCCUAUUUAAAGAUCAGCAUCAUGCUUUAUGACAGAAUGACGUGGUGGGGUAAAAGUGGGACACACUUUGCAGAGACUACUCUGAAAAGGGUUUAAAAACAAAAACAAAGGAAAAAAGAGGCUAUAAUUCAAUGGAGUAAGCAAGUACCACAUAAACACCACCACUUACGAAAAGCUUCACCAAAUGUGGUGAACUGAUUUGAGGAAG